UGGGACAGUGCGGGAGCCCGGGGCUCAGGGGGUUGACGUGCACACGUGCCGGGUCUGGGUCACCGGGAGUCCCGGGUGGUUGGUGUGCACUGUGGAUGGGGAGCGGGUCAGUGAGGAGCCCAGGCGGGGUUUUUGGGGAGCUGACGUGCGCCGGGGGCCGGGGAGCGCGGGGAUCCCGGGCAGGCUGGUGUGCAGCGGGGGUUGGGUCAGUGGGGGCAUCGGGGGGUGAUGAGCACCGCGGGGGUGGGGGCAGAGGCAGAUGCAGGUCCCGGGUGGGACACUGCUCUUGGUGCUCCUGCGGUCUGCAGGCAGGGGUGUGGGCUGUGCUGGGAUGGGGUGCGGGGGUGGGCCUGGGGCAGCACAGGGGCUGACAGCCCCCGCAGGCUCCUGGGUGGAGCUGCGGUGUGGCCCAGGCUGCCCCGAGCCCGAGCUGGCACCCUCGCCGUUCUCCUGCCACGCCGACGUGGAGCAGAUGCUGCUGGAGGCCCAGCUGGAGACCGAGAGCAGUGACGGGGCCCUGCUGGUGCUGGGCUCCCCAGCCUGGGAUGAUGAUGGAGCCAGCCACGGCAGCGAUCAGCCAGGGGAGAGCGAGGUGCUGCCUGCCCACAGCCAGCCCCCACCAGGCUGCCCCCACCCCCGGCAGUGGGAUGUGCCAGAGGAAGCCAAGUGGAGGCAGCGACGCCUGACAGCGCCCCUGGGCUGGGCCUGUACCCGCUGCCCUCGGUAUCUGUCUCCAAACCAGUGCUGUGGAGCCUGCAGGAAGGUGCAGUGGGGAGGAAGAAGAGACUUUUCAGUUCAGAGCUGCUGCUGCUCUUCAUCCCCUCGCUCCUGCUCAGCCAUCUGCUGACUCUGGGGCUGGGGAUCUACAUUGGUAAGCGCCUGGCAGCCUCCUCGGCCAACCCUCUGUGAGGAACUGUGCAGGCAGCACCUGCUCCGUUGGGAAUGCGGGGGGAGCCCGGCCCCAGCGCAGCCUGACCGCUCCCAGGCCCCACGUCUGUGGCACGAGGCGCCUUCUCCCCGUGCCUCCCCCUCAGCCCUCGCCUGGGGAGCUGAUCCCACUCUCCCCCGUAGAUGGGAACCCACUGAUGGCAGCUCCCAGCUGCAGGCAGCCCCUGCCCUCCCCAGCCCCUGGUUACGGGUCCAGAUCCCCCUGUAACAGAUUGUAAAUACAACUGAGCCCACCUGAAUAAAGAGCCCUUUGCCAGCUCA